AUGCGCCGCCAGCCUCUGGCUUGUCGGCCCCCGCAGCUAGCCUGGGACGAACGCCCUCCCCGAGAGCCGGGACUCCUGCUCCACGCUUCUCCCUCCGUCCUCCUCCUCUCGCCGCCCAGAUGCAUACUAGUAGGGGCUUGUUGGGGCGCCCCCUACCUGGGGCUGGCUCGGGGGGACCCCGGCGGCGGCACUUCGCCAACUGGGCUCCCGUUGGGUGGCCUCGGGGGGGCGCUGUGGGGCCCCGGGCCCGGGCCGAGCUGCAGCUCGGGGGCGACGUGCAGGUCGGAAGGCGUCUUCCACGAAGCAGAAGCCCGGCCCGGGGCUGCCCGAGCCCAGGGAAGCAGAGCAGGGGGGCAGCUCUGGCUUCCCGGCCCUCCCGGCCAUGGCACGGCGGCCGCCCCUCGCGCCCGGCGUGGUUGGGGCAAGAAAGGGGCGGCCGCGGAGAAAGGGCGGCCCUUCGGAGCUGUCCGGGAGUCUGUGGUGCUGAAUGCAGCGGCCCAGCCUGGGAGCCCAGCGGGAGGGGAGCCGCUCCUUGGGCCGGAGGAAGGGGCCAUUCCGACGGCCUGCCGCGCCGCUCCCCCAUCCCCGGGGCCUGAGACGCUGGACAGGGCUCUGGCUCCGAGCUUCUCCCGCUGUGGCCCUCACAGCCGAGUCGGGAAUGAUGAGCAUCUUUUCUGGCACUUGAGCAUGCCGGGGCGCCGCCCGCCACCUGCUUCCCCUCCGAGGGCCCCACCAGGAAAAGCCAGCUCUGGCGGCCCUCGCCCGGGCUCAUUCGAUGGAUCGCCGGGCUCCCCCCUCGCCUGGCUGCCGCUUGGUCUAACGGAAACUUGUCUGGGCUCUUCGCCCCUGGAGGAAAACUCCGUUCACUUUGGGAAAGCGGGAGAAGCGGCCUGA